AGUUGCCUGCCAGCUGGCCUAAUCUGUAGAUUUCAAGUGUAAACAGACUUCACAAAAACAGGAAGAGGACUACUCAGAUAAGGACAGGCAUUUUUUCUUUUUUGCUACUGCCUGUUUUUGCUCACUUUAACCAUGGGGCUAUAUCAUUUUUUGCUGAGCUUCGACCUAAAGGGGCUUUUUUUGUUUCUUUUUUUGUUCCUCCUGAUAGCUGACUACCUGAAAAACAGGAAACCAUCAACCUUUCCUCCAGGACCAAGGGCUCUUCCCUUUGUAGGAAAUAUCUUCAAUAUGGAUAGCAAGCAUCCACACAUUUAUUUCACCAAGUUGGCGGACAUCUAUGGUAACGUCUUCAGAGUCCGUCUGGGCUGGGAUACAAUGGUGUUUGUAAGCGGAUAUAAGAUGGUAAAAGAGGCCCUUGUGACGCAAGCUGAGAACUUUGUGGACCGACCAUACAAUGCAGUGGCUGACAGGUUUUACUCUGAGCCCUCAGGUGGUCUAUUCCUGAGCAACGGUGAAAAAUGGAAGACACAGAGACGCUUUGCUUUGUCGACCUUACGCAACUUUGGCCUAGGCAAAAACACACUGGAGCAGAGCAUUUGUGAGGAAAUCCGAUACCUGCAGGAGGAAAUAGAGAGUGAGAAAGGUAAACCUUUCAGCCCAGCAGGCCUCUUCAACAAUGCGGUGUCCAACAUCAUCUGCCAGCUGGUUAUGGGGAAACGGUACGACUACGCCGACCACAGGUUUCAGAUGAUGCUGAAGAACAUGUCUGAGGUGAUUUGGCUGGAGGGGAGCAUAUGGGGUGAACUCUAUCAGGCAUUCCCCAGCGUGAUGAAAUACUUGCCAGGUCCUCACAACAGAAUCUUCACUAUUUACAACAGCAUACAGCAAUUCCUUUACGAGGAAAUAGAAAAGCACAGGAAGGAUUUGGAUCGCGACAAUCCCAGAGACUACAUUGACACUUUUCUCAUUGAAAUGGAGAACCAAAAAGAGUCUAACCUGGGAUUUACGGAGUGCAACCUGGCUUUCUGCUCUCUUGACCUCUUCCUGGCUGGAACCGAAACAACAGCCACCACAAUGCUGUGGGCUUUGAUUUUCCUAAUAAACAACCCUCAUGUCCAAGAAAAGGUCCAUGCAGAGAUCGACACAGUUAUUGGACAGUCUCGCCUGCCCUCCAUGGCCGACAGGCCAAACCUGUCUUAUACUGAUGCUGUGAUCCAUGAGAUCCAGAGGAUGGGAAACAUUGUUCCUCUGAAUGGAAUGAGGGUUGCUGCCAAAGAUACAACUCUAGGUGGUUACUUCAUACCAAAGGGAACAUCAUUGAUGCCCAUGCUGACCUCUGUACUGUUUGAUCAAACUGAGUGGGAGACUCCAGACACCUUCAAUCCUGGACACUUCCUGGAUGCUAAUGGGAAAUUUGUGAAGAAAGAAGCGUUCCUGCCCUUUUCUGCAGGGAAACGUGUGUGCCUCGGUGAAGGCCUCGCUAGGAUGGAGCUGUUCCUGUUUUUGGUCGCCUUGCUGCAGAAGUUCUCUUUCUCUGCUCCUGAAGGAGUUGAGCUGAGCACUGAAGGAAUCACUGGAGCUACGCGUGUACCUCACCCCUACAAAGUGUGUGCUAAGGUCCGCUGAGAUCUCCAUUGUUGCUGCUUCUGCUAAAGACAUAAAUGAGCAUGUCAUGUUUGUAGACAAAGUUGUUAUCAUUUUUCAGUCAGUCUUAAUGAUACUUCUUGUCCAGGAAUUAUGCUGAUUGUAUUUAGCUUUACAUUAUGUUCUAGGGUGAUAGUUGUACGUACCAAUAAAUGACAUUAGCAAACAACCACAUAAUGUACUAUAACGUACUGACUUCUACUGGGAGACCAUGAGCAAGAAACCUUGGGUCACAGAAAGAAAAAUAAACAAAAGCAAUGAUUCAUAAGGCAUUUAAAUAUAUUUACAAUGCAAAUGUUGAAAACAACCAAACCUUUGAUAAAGAUAUUUCCCUGUGUAUAAUGUUUACCAUUGUGUUGAAUCAAUAAAACUGCAAGAGAAAGCAUUUCCUAUUUCCUAUUAUCGUAUAUUUUGUCAGAUGUUUAAGGGUAAAAAUUGUCCUUUGUGAUGCACCACCCUCCAAACUUAAUG